CCGACAAUCACCGACGAGGCGGGGGUGGUGCCCUGAGGCAGGCAGACCAUGUCCAAGAGUUCGACUUUCAAAAGUCGAGAUUGAGCCUGCCUGUCCAUCGAGAACAAAGUCGCACCGACACACACCCACACCCACGAUGCUCGGCCUCGGCUCCCUCCGCGCCUCGCUCGGCGGCAUCCUCCGCCCCUCGGCCGCCGCCGCCGUCGCCAUGCCCAUCGCGUCGUCGUCGCGCGUCACAUUGCCCCCGACCAACCCCGCCCACCAGGUGCGCUUCCGCGCCAACCUGUCCCCGAGGAAAGUCAAGCACCGCAAGGCUAUGAAGGGGCGCGUUGAUCUCCCCACCGGCGGCUCGAUCAAGGGCACAACGCUCCGUUUCGGCGGCUUCGGUAUCCGUCUGCUGGCCGCAGCGCGCAUCACAGCCGCGCAGCUCACGGCGUCGCAGGCGGCCAUCAAGCGCAAGAUCAAGGGCGUCAAGGGCGCGCAGCUGUACCUGCGCGUGUUCCCCGACAUCCCCGUGUGCAUCAAGGGCAACGAGACGCGUAUGGGCAAGGGCAAGGGCACGUUCGAGUACUGGGCGUGCCGUGUGCCGGCCGGCCGCGUGGUCAUGGAGAUUGCCGGCGGCGGCAUCCGCGAGGAGAUUGCAAAGCAGGCCCUCAAGCUCGCCCAGGUCAAGAUGCCCGUCGCGUCCGAGUUUAUCGCGGCCGGCGCGCCCCCGCGCCUCGGCGCCAUCACGGACCACGCCCUCUCCAAGCCCCAGGCGGCCCUCAAGAACACGGCACCAAUGGUCCACCCCUCCCCAGAGGUCCAGAGCUUCGUCGCUAUCCAGGCCGCGCAGGGCGGCGCGGCCACCGCCGCUGCCCCCACCACCACCACCGCGUAGAGCAUAGUGUAGAGUAGUUGAUACCAAUAGCAUGGCAUUAUUCACCG